AUGGUCUACAGCGCCGUCGAUCAGGUCGACUACGACCAGGCCUCCAACGCUUCGUCCAGCGCCUCACGCGACCCCUCGCCUGCCCCCGGCCAUGCGUCCCCUCCCAGUCUCGGCCAUUUCAUCCACUCCUUGACUUCCACCGACUAUGAAAUCGUGGAGGACGACGACUACACCGCCGCCGAUCCCACCUCCGAACGCGGUUCCCGCCACAUUCCUCCCCUCGAUACGACUGUCGCCCAACAUUCCUCGUCCGAUCCAGAUCCGCCCUUGCGAAGCGCCUCCAGCGACAUCCCCAUUCCCCUCAGCCAUCCAACUCCUGACCUGCAGUCGCUGCAGGGCGCCUACCUGGGGAAUGUAGAGAGACUGGAGCAGAGCGCCGAGCAGCUGAGCUCGAGCUCGGUCGAUAUUGAGAGUGAGAUCCGCAGAAUAGACCAGGAACAAAAGAGGCGAUCCUGCAGCUCCGCGUCCAACUCGAUGAUUCUCCGGAAUGGAACAUUCUCGCCCGUUGCUGCUUCUUUAUCGUCCCCUCAUGGCUCGAUUCUUUCGGCCUCGCGUCAGCGCUCCGCAUCCGGAUCGUACCUGGCUCAUGUUUCGAAGUCGAUCCACGACGAGGACGGCGACUUUUCCCAUCCGAUCCCCCUUCCUGUAAUUCCCUCGCCGCAGACGUCGGCUUACGCCUCGAACGACUUGCUCUACCAGAACCACUACGAUGCUGCUGUGGCAGCGAUCGAGCGCCCAUCCACGGCUGCGUCGAAUGAUACCUACCAGGAAGCCCGAACGCUCUUUACUGAUUUCGAUGGCGUGCAUUUCUCUCCAUUGGAUCCAGCCAACUCUCUCGCUCGCCGGAUCUCCCUGACCAGACCGCCUCUGGCCAGCAAACCGGAAUCGUACAAGGAGCCGCAGACGGGAGAGCACAUGGUAUAUUACCCUGCACCCGUGCCGCGCAUGCUCAACCUACCCCCGAAACUAUCCCGCAAGCCACUUACAGACCGCGAGAAGCGCCGGACACAGCUUGUCGGCUCCGUUCCUGCCGAAAAUAGGAAGUCGACGGCCUGGCUGCCCGGCUCUGACCAGCCAACCAAAGACGACCACCAGAACAAACGCCGACAGUCGACACCUCUGCCGCAACUACCCGCGAGUGUUUUUCUUGAACAACAGCAACCGACUUCGUCACUCGACGUCAAGGUCAAGCAGGACUCCGCCGUUGCGACAUUGGAAAGCAUACUUGACGCCUCGGCAUGCGCGCCAGUCUCAGCGUUCACUGAUCAUCCUAUUGCUGGCCACAUCGGGUCUUAUGUUUAUGCGAGAGCACGAGGGAAAGAAACCAAGAAUAAAUGGAACACGAUGGGGCAACGUCAGAGCACCAACAAUGGGAGCGAGCAUGAGGACUCGGGCGAUGAGAGACAUCCAAAUGAUGAUUUGAAUGAGAUGCACGAAGGCUCUGAUACACAAGAGCACUCUGGGGAUGGGGAACCUGACCAAGAGGAAGAGGAAGAAGAGUUCUUUGACUAUGUCGGACCGCCAAAUACCCUGCUAGCAGAGCUGGAACUACGGAAGCACGAGAUGCAACAACGGCGGCGGACGAGGCCCACGCAUGGGAUGCAAGCCACACUGCUGGAGCUGGACGCUAUGGCUCAAAAACAACACGCCAAAAGACGGCAGCGACCAGUCACUCUGGCGUGGGAUAGUCGCGACACUGCAGAUGACGACGAGGUACCGCUGGCCAUGCUCUACCCGGACAAGACCGAAGCCGAAAUCGAGGAGGAGGAACGUCCGGCGGGACUGAUGGAGAAGCGACAGCUGGAAGAGAAUGAGCCGCUGAGCACACGUCGUGCCCGGCUACGGGGUGAACCUAUUCCUCAACCAGACAACCCCGCUACAGCGGUGUAUGAGAGUGAAAUCAUCGAGCGUGAGGGAGACAGCGACGAGGAGGGAGAAACACUGGCCGAGCGCUUGCGACGACUUCGAGGACAGGACCCCGCCGACAGCGAAUUCGCCAAUGAACUGCUAGCGGAAUUCGACACCCGGCUUGGAGUUGCUCCCAAAGACGACAUCGGACCCGAAGUGGACAAGGAAGCCGAUCAUAUUGACAACGACAACGAAACCCUCGCCCAGCGCCGCAGUCGACUCCAAAAGGAGAGCGGCGGCGCCCAGCGCGGGAAUAUUAAUCCCAACAAGGCACCCAGAGCCCAUCGAAGCAUGGCCGCCCUACCGCAGACGCGUGCGUCCCAUGUUCCUGUUGCCCGCAAAUCCUCGCACGAUCUCCUCAACCCAUAUGCAAACCCCCACAUGUCUAUGCCCAUGUUCAUGCCCAUGCAGCAAUUCUCACACCACGCAAUGGCAAUGGGGUACCCGAUGCCGCCCAUGGGCUAUCCCAUGAUGAUGCCACAGCAGGCCCAGGGAAUGAUGUAUCCGAAUGCCUAUCCCUACAACCAGUUGAUGAUGGGCAUGAACGGGAUGUAUGCCAAUGGCUGUGGGCCGAACAUGGCGAGACCGCCUACUGAUCCCACGCAACGUGAUAUGAUUGAUCGCUGGCGGCAGAGCAUUCGCUAG